AUAAAUCCUCGCUGUAUUGGGAGAUCGCCCUAACCCCUCACUCUCUCCCUCCCUCCCUUCUUCUUCCCACGCCUCCUCUCACUGUAAAACCCUAGUCCUGCAUCCUAUCCCCAUAUCCGCGAGGGGGCUAUUCGGCCCUCUCGCUCUCGCCGCGACGCACGAUCUCCCGGUUGUUUUGCUCUCUACUUUCGUUUCGAUUCGAUUCGAUUCAGAGAGCGGCGAUUUUCAUGCCUUUAUUGUGAGAGGGAACUGGUAUUCUUAGCGUUAUUGCGUAUUAGGAGGCCAUACAAAUUUGUCUAAGAACUUGAAGUUUGGGUUUUCUUGAGAGUUCACGUAGUUCCUUACGAUGAUUGCCACGAAAACCAUGCUGUCGAGCAACAAGCUGAAGAUUAAAUUUGCCUGCAAAAGAAUUGAAGCUGAUCCUGGAAAAAAAUUUGAAGCUGAUACUAAUUACUCUAGGAGUCACUCGUGUGACUAUGGGCAUCAUGCCUCAAUCAGGGAGGUCAGCGCAAUGGCGAAAUCUUCACUUCCAGGUUCUAAGAAGCGUGGAUCCUCAGGCGAUCUUGAGGGUCAGAAAGAGAAGAAGAGGAAGAUUGAUCGUAGUGUGAAGGUGCAAUGUUUGACGAUCCUCAAAACACUGAUGAGUAAAAAGGAAAGCUGGCCUUUCAAUGAACCAGUUGAUCCUGUGAAGCUGGGAAUCCCAGAUUACUUUCGCAUCAUCUCUUAUCCCAUGGAUUUGGGCACGGUAAAAUCAAAGCUGCAGAAAGAUUUGUACUUAAGCGCUGAAGAGUUUGCAGCUGAUGUCAGGCUGACUUUUUCUAAUGCCAUGCUCUAUAAUCCUCCUGGCAAUCCUUUUCAUCAUCUGGCAGAAAACCUGAAUAGUUUUUUUGAGAUGAGAUGGGGUCUUUUAGAUGAGAAGUUGAGUCAUGGAAGCUCCAAGGUUGAAUCAGGGAAUCCAUCGAAUGGGCAAAUUAAGAAAGUAACUUGUGCUAGACAGAAUCCAUGCAACUCUCCUCCCUUGCAAAAUAGUUCGGUGAGCAAGAGGCCUAUUUCAGGUGAAGAGAAGGUCAGAGUCCCUGUUGGUGCAACUGAUGCUGAGGCAGAGCUUUCUAAAACAGCUCAGAAUUCUAAUCCCAAAUUGUCAUCAAAGAACUUAAAUAGAAGCACCGAUAGUGCCUGUAAACAAGCUUCAGGCUCUAUUAAUGCAAAGCAGCCAUCAAGCCUGGUUUGCUUAAAAUGUGGCUCAUGUGGCAACGUUGCAUGUCAAUGCAGGCGUCCUAGUGACUCGACCCAUAAGUCCUUUAAUGACAAAUCUUCUGAAAGGUCAAUGGGCAGAGAGCAUGGUUUGUCUAAUUCUACUGUACCCAGACUGGAUUGUCAAACAAAAAGCUUGUCAACAUCCCAGACGAUCAAAUCAGAUCCAGAAUCUGAUGGGGCUGUAAGUGCUUUGGAUGGUGAAAACAUAUGUUCCAGUUCUAGGCUUACAACUCCAGUAGUGGAUGCUGCUUCUGGAGAAGGAUGGAGCACUUCUCUUUUUGAUGUUGAACUGUCCCCAAAAAGGGCUCUUCGUGCUGCAAUGCUAAAGAGUCGCUUUGCAGACACUAUUUGGAAAGCUCAACAGCAGAAACUUCUAGAUCAUGGUGAUAGAAGUGAUCCGCUUAAGAUGCAGCAAGAAAGGGCUAGACUGGAGAGGAAGCAGCGUGAAGAGAAAGCAAGGAUCGAAGCAGAAAUAAGAGCUGCUGAAGCUGCCACACGAAUGAGGGCUGAGAAUGAGUUGAAGCAGCAACGGGAAAGAAAAAGAGAAGAAGCUCGAAUUGCACUUGAGAAGAUGAGGCAAACAGUUGAGAUCGAGACAAGCUUGAAGAUCCUAGAGGAACUUGGAAGGUUUGCUGGGUUCUCCGUAUCCGCUCCUAUUCUCAACUUUAAUCGUGGGUCUGGGGCUUUCGGGGGGUCACAUCCCCAAUCACCUUUGGAGCAGCUAGGUUUAUUUCUAAAGCCCGAAUAUUCAGGAGACGACGACGACGACAACGAUGAAUCAACGCUGUACGGGGAUGGGGAGGAAGGAGAGAUCGUUUGAUCCGCGGUGGUUUCCGUCGGUCUGCUAUUAUUUGUGUGCGCUCUAUUUUUCUCACUCGAGAUGUUUCAUAUUAGUCUGCUGAGAGGGAAAGAGAGACCGAUGUAAAUAGUCUUCCAGUAGUGGACAUGUUGACUGAAUACACGUAUAUAAUAUAUAUAUAUAUAUAUAUAUAUAUAUAUUAGUUCUCUAUCUUAAAGAACGAAAAUGAUAUUGUUCUCUCUC